AUGGGUCGCUUCUUGGAUCUCGCUCUUCUGCUCUUUGGCUUCCAGGCCGCAGGCGUAUUCGCCCAAGCUAGCCCUGAGGUCGAAGAGGAAAUCGAGAACCCAUCGACGAGCCCGGCCCUUGCCGUCUCGGUCGAGGCGACGUUCCCAGAUGCUGAGAUCUUCGGCAUCAAGAUCACGAACGGGAAACCUUACGAGUCGCGCCUCUCGUUUCUCAAUGAAGAGCCCGACCCGGUCACGGUACAAUUUGUGGGUGGGAGCUUGUGGACAUUUGAGGGGACUCAAGCGAACCCGACGCCACGCAUCGUCCGCAACUUGACCACCGCGCAGUACGCCAUCGAGAUUCCACCCGGCGAGAAGCAGACCCUGCCAUAUCGUUUCCAAACCAAUCUGCACCCGCAGGAUCUGAGACUUAACCUGGCCGCUGUGGUCAGCUCCCAAAACACUUUCUACACCUUGAACGCCUUCAACGGUACCGUUACUGUAGUCGAGCCCGACGCCAGUAUCUUCGACCCCCAACUUCUCUUCCUCUACUUCUUCUUGCUCGCCUGCGCUGUCGGAGUCGGCUACUUCUUCUACAACAUCUGGAUCGUCCCUUACUUCCCCAAGCAGCGCAAGACCGCCAAAGGUGGCAAGAGAGCCGACAUGGCCAAGAAAGCCGACAGUGGCGUCACAUCUGACGCUGAAGGCCCUGCGGUCUCCACCGGCAAGGCAUACAAUGAAGAUUGGAUCCCGUCCCACCAUAUCCAACGUCCUGAAGCACGACGAGUCAAGAGCGGAGGACGGCCCAAGAGCCGUGGCAAACCAGAGUAG